AAAAGAAACAUUGAACUUCAAGCAAAUUAAAUCUACAUUUCCAGUCGAACCGAACGUGAACGUUAAGCAAAUAAUUAAAAAUAAAAAGAUGAAGCGAGGUCGUCGUCAAAAUAUUAACAAGAAUUUUGUCGCUGGAGGAGUCUACAAUCCCAAUGCUACUCCCAAACCAUUGAUCCAGUCGGCGCUGGGCCCUAGUGGCCAAGAGCAGCAGCAGCUGCAGGAGCCGGAACUGCCGAAGCAGAAGCAGCAGCCGGAAGAGCCGCAGAAGGGGCAGGAGCCGGAGCAGCCGCAGCUGCUUCCGUCGCCGGUUUCAAGUCCAUCACCGGUUCCAAGUUCUGUCCCAGUUUCUGUCUCAGCUUCUGUAUCAGCUUCGGUUCCAGUUGCAUCGGUAGAGCUCGAGCCCAAGCUGCCCAUGCCGAUAAUUGUCAAGAUGGAGCCAGUAGAUGAACCUGAUGAGGUGACUCCCAUUGUUGUGCCCGAGGACAAUGGCACUACUGGCGGCAAGAUACCCUUUAAGAAGAUCUUUCAGAAGCGCAAGAAGUCUUCCGAGCGCACUCGUGACAAGAAGCAGCGCCAGAACCGGCAGCUGCGCAAAUCAAUGCUACCGAAGAACGCCUUGAUGGCUCUUAACGAGGUGAAAGGCGUCACUAUUAGUGACUUUACCAUCGACAGCAAUCCCGAUGGUGGCUUUACGGCCGUGGUUACCGUCAAUUCGAAUCAGUAUGAGGGCAAGGGCCUCUCUAAGAUGUCCGCAAAGAAUGCAGCCUGUGAGAAGGCCUGGCGUGACUUUAUAAUUGCCAAGAUGACGCCCAAAAAGCCCAAACUGCCGGCAAUGAAUAGCAGUGAUGACAAUGGUGUCGACUUAAUGGACGUGGCCGAUGAUGAGUCGGAGUCCCCGGAGGAUGAUUUGCCCAUGUUGAAUCUGGCUUCUUUUGCCAUUUACAAGUUGUUUGCAGAAUGGGAGCGCGAUGGUUAUAUCGUUCCCGAGAUGCAUCCGUCGGCAGCAAAUGCAUCUGUGCCAGCUUCUGGCGGCGAUGCAGCCGCACCACCGGCACCCAUGCCGCCCAAGGAGAAGAAGCCACCAGUGCGCGCCGAGUUGCCCACCGGCUGGGAGAGUCUGCAUCCAGCCACUAUUCUAUGCAUUAUGCGUCCUGGCGUCACUUACGUGGACUAUGGAACUUCCGGCGACAAGCCGAACGUUAUGCAGCAUCUGGGCAUUGUGGUGGACGGUCAGGAGUUCACCGCCAGCGGCCGUUCGAAGAAGAUUGCUCGCCGCAACGUGGCCGUUAGCGUUUGCAAUACGCUCUUUGGCACCAACUUUUUAUUUGAGAACCCAACUGCUUAGGCCCUUCGAUGGCCUCCCGAAUUAAACUAAACCCAGCUUAACGGGUUGUUCUUAAAGGCUGCAAAACGCGCAAUACAACAUACUUAAUUAUACAAUUAUAUACUUAAUUAUACACAUAUAUUUUAAUCAUGUCAGAAUCUAAUUUUAGUCUUAUGACAAUAUCUGAUGUACACAUUAUUAUACUUUUUCACCAAUUUUACAAAAACAAGCCGUUAAGCUGAGGUCUAGUAUUUAUUAUAAAAAUUAAUAAAAGGUAUUUCAAUUAUAUAUCAAAA